AUGUACUCUCUUCCGUCUCCUGCUCUGCUGCAGCGGACGCGUGCGUAUGGGACGAGGUUCUUCCAUCGGUUCGGAAUCCACUGUGCAACACAUCAAAUACGGCUUAUCCUUGUGUCGUCUAUCGUCAUUACCUCCCUGCUCUUCCCUGCUAUCGCUGUCUACACCUCGCCGGAGACCCAUUUCUUUGCUGGCUUCACCCUACGCGUGCUCGACUCCUUUCUUACAACCGACGACAUCUCCAGCUACUUCGCGCAACACGAUCUCCGUAACCUAUGGGAAGGUCACAACACACUGAGACUGCACGACGACUCCGUCGCACGCGCGCAGUGCGGCAUGCAGAGUAUCUUGCGCUCUGAACGACUCUUGCUUGGCAGUGUAUCGCCGGAGUAUGGUCUGGAUGCUUUGGACCGCGACACACUGCUAUCUGCUCUAGCCCUCGAACAGAGGAUCUCGAAGAUACUAUCUCAGCGUCACAUACCUUGCUUGAAAUCGUCCAGCGGCUCCUGCUUCUUCCUGAGCCCUCUAGCCUACUGGGAUCAUGACGAGGCUGAGCUGUCCGAGGAUACUAGCAUCCUGGACACAAUCAAUCUAUCGCACAACGUGACUAUCUCUGGCAUCCCUAUCAGCCCGGAAAUGGUCUUCGCUGGUCGAGAGCAUGAUCCCAGCACGUCCAGCAUGGAUAGCGCCAUGUUCCUAGCGCUCACGUACUUUUUCCCGGAUCGCGACUGUCUUGGAAACAACGGACAUAUCCAAUGGCUGCGGGUUCUCAGAGAGGCAGGUGGGCCGAUGGGAGACCUUGUCGUUCAAGCUCAGCCGCCCAGACUCGUUGCGCUAGAGUACGACAGAAGUCUUACGACGAAGAGCCGCUUCAGCAUCCUUUCGGCAUUCUGCUACGCUGCAUAUUUGGUGUUCGUGGUGUACUGCGUAAGGUCUAUGAGAAACAUGAAGACCGUACACUCUCGCUUCGGUCUGGCAGUCACCGGCCUCGUGGAACUCAUUGUCAGUACCAUAACGAGUCUGAGUGUCUGCGCUCUGGUAGGGUUCAGGAUGACUAUGGUACCUUGGGAGCUAUUUCCAAUCAUUGUGAUGUUUAUUGGAGUGGAGAACAUGUUCCACAUCGUCGACGCGGUGCUAAGGACGCCCGUGACGAUUCCCGUCAAAGAGCGCACGGCUCAGGGUCUGAGCCAGGCGGGUACAUCCAACACCCUCAAAGUUGUGUCCUACAACGCGGUGCUUGGAGUCAUCGCCUUCUUCUCCAGUGGUGCGAUCCGCCAAUUUUGCGCUUUCUCUAUCGUUGUUUUAGUGGCGCAUUGGUUCCUCGUGCAUACCUUCUUCGUCACGGUGUUAUCAAUUGAUAUCCAACGACUCGAAUUGGACGAGCUCCUCCGUCAGGAUAUAAAUAUAUCGCCUUCAGAUAAGGGAAAGCCCUCAAUAUCACCUACCUUACCUUCACCCAAGACCUGGAAGCAGGCGUGGCUCGCCGCACAGAACACAAUACGUGGCCGUCCCGGCAAGAAUAUCAGUUUCUUCCUGCUUUUGGCAAUUGCGGCGACACUGUACUUUGCGACUACACCGUCGUUCAUGCAGACCAAGAGCGCUGCUGCUCUUGCACGACAUCCCGUGCGCCAGGUCCCGAAGAUGACAGCCACCGACAAGAUAUCCCCUGCAUACCGCAUCUGGCAAACCUUGAACCCGAUCGACGACACCAUGGUACACGUCCGCAUAGAGUCGCCUGCAAUUCUUGUCCUUGCGCCUGAAGAGGACAAACAGCCUGACGUCCGCUCUCCCGGCGAUGGCGAGAAGGUGUCCCGUGCUCGCGUGAGCAGGCUGUCGCGCUUGUGGACGCGCACCGUUCGGGAUGUCUGGUGGCUCUUCAAGAUUAUGAUCGUGCCAAUCACAGCGACGACGGUCCUGCUCUACGCUCUUCUCCUAUAUCUAUUGAAGAACGCCGAGCUUCUGGAGGCGUCACGUCAGCGACCGGAGAUAGAUAUCUCGAGCUCCGAAGAGGCGUCUGUGGAGGGAGAGAUCUCGUUCGCUACGCUACCACGGGCCUUCCCUACCGACGUGGAUACGAUUGCAGCGAGCAAGAACGGCAAGGUGGUCGUGAUGCUCGGGCUGCAGAACGAAGUCGUCGUGUGGAGGAGCAUGUCGCGCACGAACAUUACGGUUGACACCUCUCCUAUCUCUCUCGGGCGCACAAGCUGGCCUUCGCAAAGCACUACCCUCACGGCGGUCACGGUCAACGAGGCAGGCACGCUCUGCGCCGUAGGCUCUGCAUCUGGUGCCAUUGGCGUAUGGUCGAUAGAGCGGGACCAUGCCAAGUACAUCACACAACUCACGCUCGACCCCACGACAACCGCUGCUGUCGCACACCUCCACUUCGCCUACUUCCAGUCUCGCCCGCCAUCGCCUGCUCGCCCGCUCACACCCACACCACCUACCCCGGAGACUACUCUCUACCAACCUGUCGUCUGCCUGUACAGCGCCUACGAGAACGGCACGGUCGUCAAAUGGGACGUAGCAACUACUCCUCGCGCUCGCUACGUUGCGCCUACGCGCUCUGCUACUGUCAACAAAUGUACGUUGGUGCCUGUCCACGGCGACGAGCGCCUCCUUGUCGGCUUCGCCUUCGACGACGGGACUUUCGAGCUGUGCGACCUCGACCGGAACGACCAGCUCGUGGCUCGUGAGUGCUGGAUCGCCGCUGGCAAUCCCCAGGACUUGGUCAACAAAGUCGAUGCUUGCGUCGUUGAGCUCGACGGCCAGCGUCACGUCAUCAUCGCCGCUGCCACUCAAGCGGGCGUGGUGUCGCUCUGGGAUGCUGGUUCACGGGAAUGCCUGUUCAUCAUGGAGGAGCCCUUCGGAGACAUCAAUCAGCUGCGGGUCACUUCUGUUACCCCGACGAACUGCUCAACUUGCGGAGAACUGCCUUGCGAGAACUUCCUCAUUACGUUCUCCGUAGGUCAAGUCGUCCUCUUCUACCGAGCCUACCUCUAUCUGCCAACAAGGAGAUGUUCGUGUCCCCGCAACCAGCCACAGCCUGCGCUGCGCACGAACAUGCUUGGACAUCGUUCGCGGAGCGGCAGUGCUACGUCGGUCGCAUCGACUACCGGGACGACAACGCCUGUGGGUUCACGUUCGCGGGUACCUUCCGUGUCGUCCUCCAGCUCUGCCCUCAGUGCCCCCAUGUUCCCUGUAUCUGCGCAUGGUGUUCAUUCUCGUAGGGCAUCGGAGAAGGAAGGUUCGCGUCGUACGCAUGACACGUUCUUCGUCCACUCCGACUGCGACGAGUCCGAUGCACACCCUCUGGGCCCCGUUGACGUUACGCCCGCAGCCGGCUUCCUCUCAUCCCACCCUCCGACAUCCGUAUGGCAGAGCCUAAUUGUAAUCCGCGUCGCAGAGACCAUGUUCGAGAGAGGAAGCUGGGACGUCGCUGGAGACAAGGUCGUCGGCAUCCGCCGCAAGCCGCGGUCCAGCUUGCUCAUGCGACGCACGGACGCGAAGGUGAAACUCAAGGAAGAACCCCUGCACGGUCUGAGCAACUCUACGCUUGAGCGAUGGGAGCUCUGGACUUACGACCCCGAAGAGUCGCGCUUACAUGCGGCGCCGCUGAAUGCGCUGCGUCGCGGACCUGAGGAGCGGGUCAUGGAUAGGCGGCGCUCGAGCCAGGACGUUUCAUCAUCCCCGAAGCGCAUAUUUGUCCCUCGACUGCACUUCACUCGUGUCACACCGAUGGUCGCGACUUCAUCGAGUUGCAUCGCUGGGUUUGGGAACACUGUCGGUCUCUUUAACAUCAACUCGCGACCGAAGGGUGGGAGGCGGAGGCGGUCCUCCGGCGAGGACGUCCAGAGUAGCCCACCCUGA